AUGCUGAAAUGGUCUGGCGACUAUUCUCUUCCCCGUCUUCGAGCAAAACUUGCAACCACCGGAGCUGGCACGGAGCAGACAGAGCCCGACUAUGCAGAAGUGUACCGUCCGGAUUUGGGGCAGAGCACCAUACUGCGGAAGGAAUCGCCGGAGUUUUUUGCGGCUGUUGCUGAGACCGGUGGAUUCGAAGCCUUUGCCCGCAGUAGCGGGUGUCGUGUUCUGAGGAAGGGUGCAUCCCGCUCCUUCGUCAAGACAGGCAGUUUGGCUGGAAGGACAUCGCUCGGCCAGUCCAGCAAGAUGAGCGGCUUCGAAGAUUUCAGUCAGACGGCCAUGAUGCGGACGAGAUCAGUUCCAACUUUGGGAUCUCGCACGGUCGAGAAAUGGCCAGCAGCAGUGCAACCGCUGCCUCCUACCUGGCAUGUUUCUUCAACCUCUAGUUUGCCUGGCCUUGCGAAAUCAAGCUCGAAGGGUUCGCUUGGCUCGAAAACGGUAGCUGCCUCUCCUUCAUCCGAUGAUCCGAAAGAAAAGCAGAUCGAAGCAGCCUGCAGAAAGCUUUGGACGGCUGUGCACGGCAGCGAGAAGUACAUCAAGGAUGAGAUCAAGAGGCUGCAGAAAGAAGAGCCUGGAGCAACUAAUCAGGCAUUUCUUGCCAAGCUUAACAAGGCCGACAGUAGCUUUCCAUCGGUCAAGAAGGCUCUCAAGACAGGGGCUAAAAUCGAUUGGAGAAACCCUGAGUGGGAUGGAGCAACGCUCUUGCUACGAGCAGCACGCACUGGCUCUCUGGAGCUUGCAAUGUUCUGCUUAUCGCAGCAAGCCAACAUCGCUGAGAAAGAUAACUCUGGAAGAGGGGUCUUGCACUGGGCAGCUUUAUCUGGCAACAACUUCUUGAUGCACUACUUCCUCACGGAAUAUCGAGAACAACUCAACGUUGUCCAGGAAGAUGGUGGUGGUGACAGUCCGCUCCAUCUUGGAGCAUACGCUGGUCAUCUUGGCGUCGUUCGUCUUCUUCUUGGAGCUGAUGCAAAGGAAACCCCCAAUGCUGGUGGGUUCACUCCAACACAGCUGGCGGAGGCAAAGCGUAUGUGGCAUGUUGUGCGACACCUCCGCGAGAAUCAGAACGAUGACGUGGUGAAGGAACGCUUGGGUCACAUUCUGAGAUACAACAAGACGGAAGAGGCAGAGGAGGAGGACAUUCCAAUGCGCGAGCUGGUAUUUCGGCCGUGUGACAUUCACAAGGCGAACCAGCUCAUCGCCUUGAAAGAUGACUGA